UUUGGUCAGCCAGGCUUCCUUCGUUGGGGCUUUCCCACUUUUCCACUGUUUUGCGAUCACCAUCCUCGCUGCAGUGAUAAAGAAGGAAAGAAAACACUUGGAAACAUGUCUGGGAAGCCUAAGCUUCAUUACUUCAAUGGCAGAGGCCGAAUGGAACCCAUAAGGUGGUUGUUAGCAGUAGCUGAAGUUGAGUUUGAAGAGCAAUUUAUUGUAACAAUGGCAGAUCUAGACAAGUUAAGAGAAGAUGGAUUCCUGCUCUUCCAGCAAGUGCCCAUGGUGGAAAUAGAUGGGAUGAAGCUGGUGCAGACCCGAGCCAUUCUCAACUACAUUGCAGAAAAAUACAACCUCUGUGGGAAGGACAUCAAGCAGAGAGCAAUAAUCACUAUGUAUAGUGAAGGCAUUUUGGAAUUAGGUGAAAUGAUCAUGGACCUGCCUUAUAGGUAUCCCGGAGCAGAAGAAAAGCAAAAAAAAGUGAUCCUCGAGAAAGUCACUGGCAGAUAUUUCCCAGUUUUUGAGAAGGUCCUCAAAGAUCAUGGAGAAGAUUUUCUGGUGGGGAACCAGCUCAGCAGAGCAGAUGUCUAUUUGCUGGAAGUCAUUUUAACAACGGAAGAACUGAAGGCUGAUAUUCUCUCCAACUUUCCUCUUUUAAAGGCUUUUAAAGCAAGAAUAAGCAGCAUCCCUACCAUCAAGAAAUUUCUUCAACCUGGUAGUCCAAGAAAACCAGCUGCUGAUGAGAAAAGUAUUGCAGAAGUAAAGGAAUUUUUGGCUGAGAUGAGGCAGAGGGAGGCAGCUGGUCCAUGAUUGUAGCUUCAAGCAAAAUGCAAAAACUGAAAUGGGGCAGUGAUUUCAAAUCAUUCCAAAGAGUUGCAAUCUUGUAUAUGGGUACAAGGUCUGGGUAAAGUGAGUUCAUUACAUUAGGAAGCUAAUAACGGAAAGACAAAUUAAAGACAGAUUGUCACAAUACAGUGUAUUAUUGGGUGAGAACUGAAUAAAACAUUUUAUAACA